AAUUGCGACUUUUUAUCUCAGAAUUCAUACUUUUUUUCUCGCAAUUGCCAGUUUAUCUCACAAUUCUGACAUAACUCGCAAUUACGACUUUAUAUCACGCAAUUCUGAGAAAAAAAAUUAAAAGAGUUAUAGGCUAUCGAAAUUGUGAGGGUAAAAGUCAGAAUUGUGAGAUCAAAAAUCGCAAUUAUCUUUUUUUUAAUUUUUAAUUAAAUAUUAUUAUUAUUAUUAUUAUUUAAUCCGUGGCGGAAACAAGCUGCUAUAGGCCUAUUUCUGUAGGCUACCAGUUACGCUUUUUUUCAUGGUUUGCGAAGCACAUUAUUUUUUUUGUUUUUGAGGCUAUUGUUUAGAUAUUUGUUUCAUAUUUAUUUAUAGAUAAUUACAUUAGGGCACUGAGAAAAUUGUUAUAAAACACACGAACAUUGCCUAAAUAGUUGCAUUAUAAACUUGAAAAAUCUAAUUCUUCUUUACUUUAUUGGUUAAUUUAUAAAACGUUUAGGCAAUUGUUACAUUUUAAAUAGCCUACGUAGUGGAAUGUAAAAUACAACUAAACUUACACAGAGGUAAACCUUAGAAUACUUUGAGUCAAAGUUUUACACAGUAGCCUAGCUACUCACAGCACACAACAAAAGUUUCUCUACCCGCCUUUACAUUUUUAGACCGCCGCGACCCCGCCCUCAUCUCACAGCACUGCUUUCACUUCCAUCCACUUCACCCCAUGAGCGCAUCUUGAGAGCAGCUGACGCUGUGACAAGAUCUCAACAAUUUACAGUAUCCAACAGUUGCAUUCAGAUAUUUAAGAUGAGAGGAUACUUACUUGGAAUACUUGUACUUUUGAAACAUUGCUUUUGCGGUGAUGUGGUGAACUUUGAUGGAGACAUCAAGGACUUUGUAGUUGGUAAAAGUAAGUUGUUCGUUCUUACUGACCAUCAACUACAUCAGAUGAGACUCGAUCUUUCUGAGGAGAAGAGGAAGGACAUCACUAACACUGAUCAAAAUAGAGUCAACAUUCUGGUGCCUUUUGACGACAACGACACCCUGAUAACCUGUGGGACCUUUACAAAUGGAUAUUGUGAAGUUCUUGACCUCAAUGACAUUACAAAGAGCAUUUACUAUGAAAGUGGUAUACCAAUAGGACCGAAACAGAAUGAGAAAUCUGUUGCGUUCAUAGCAGGUCCAAGUACCGGUAGGUACCUUUUGGUUGGGAAAAAGGACGAUGAUGAAAAAAAGGAUGAUGGGAAAAAGGACGAUGAUGAAAAAGCUCCGUAUCCUGUUGUUAUCUUGUGGAACACUUUACAGUCUCAAUAUGGUGGGAUUUUCUCUGACAUAGAGUAUUCAAUAACCCCCUCCAUUCAGAGCACCGCUAGAGAUGUGGAGUUUGUUGACGGAUUCCAGAGAGUUUCGCCCUCAGAGUCGUACUUGUUUCUCAACGCAAAGACUGACUCAGAGAGUAAAGUGCACGUCCUGUGGAUGAACAGCUCUAAAAGAAAAAAGACAGAAAUCUUCAGAUCCCUACAGGCUGCAACGAUACAGUGCUGCAAUGAUAAAGCUCGUCCAGUGCUCGUCGCCUCCACCGUUAUUCCCUCAGUGAACGGCGUUAUUUGGGCAGGUGUGUUCAGUGCGCAGAAUCAGCAGGAUCCGGAGAACACCGCGCUGGCUCUGUACGACAUCAGUACAGUUAAAGGCCGAGUGAAGGGUUUCUGCACUGUUGGUGAACUGCCAUGUGGUUCUGAGAGUGUUAGUGCACUUCAGCCGCUCUCUGUGGUGUUCAAGUACAGCUCAAUGUCAUCAGUGGCAGCAGUUAGAAAUGGAUCCUGGAUUGUGAUGUUCAUAGGAACCAGUGAUGGACAACUGAUAAAGCUGAUCUUGGAUGAGAAAUUCACACCAGGUUGUUCAACAGUGCUGUACAAAUCUGAUGAUGAACGAGAAGUGCUUCCCAGAAUGCACUUUGAUCCAGUAGAUUUCAAACAUAUCUACAUUGCUCUGAAUAAACAGCUCAGAAGAGUGUCUGUGGUUCAAUGUGUUAAAUUUAGCACUCUGAAAGACUGCAGAGCUGCUCUGGAUCCUCUCUGUGGCUGGUGUGUGGAUGCACAAAGAUGUUCUACUCAAGAUGAAUGCCCAAAUACUUCAUGGGUGUCCAUCCCAAAAAACUCUCUUCAGACGCAGCUGCUUUCCUUUCAGAUGAUAGAGAAUUCUUCUAGAAAGAUUACUCUACAUCUUGCCUCAAGUCUGGAGAGCACAGGAAAUCCCAUCUUCUCAUGUUCCUUCACCACAGGAAGUGUGAACCUGUGUGACGGGUCUGACCUGACUGCAGUUUUCCCAAACUGCUCCUGUAGUUUUUCUGACCAGCUACUAUAUACUGGAGGUUUAACAGUCUCUGCUACAGUUACUAUUGAGGAUCAGAAGAUCACAGAGACGCUGACACUGAGGAACUGCUCCAGUAUCACAGAUAAUUCACCAAUUGCUUCUUAUACACAGUGUGUGCAGUGCAUCUCAUCUGGGUGUCAGUGGUCCUCUUCCUCCCAGCGUUGUGAUUGGACACAUGGACCUGGACUGCAGUUACACAUUCAGAAACCUAAUGAUGCAUGUAAAGAUGUACUCUCUCAGAGUGUCUACAAAGAGCCAGAGAUUUUCUCUCUGGAGCCCAACAAGGUUUCCUUCCAUGGCAGAAACAACGUUUUACUAAGAGGAAAGAAUCUGGAAUCUGUCACUAAAAUCCGUAUUCAAGGGGAUCUGGACUGUAUUCCUAAAGAAUCUCCAGUGUUUGAUCGCUCCAGUGACACUUUAAGGUUCCACAUUCCUCCCAGUGGAUCUAAAGGAACAGUGAAAGUGUGUGUUGUUACUCCUGACGACAGUUGUCAUGGUAACAGCAUCAUCACUUACAGUUCCCAGCCCAGCUGCACAGGAAUACAGCCCACAGUCAGCUGGAGAAGAGGCGGAAGAAAGAUUCAUGUUCAAGGGAGUAAUAUGGAAUUUGUGGAAUCAGUUACUUUCGAUAAUUAUGAUCAACGACUCCAAACACAAUACAACCCAAGAUCAGGGGACGUGUGGUUUCACUCACCACAUAAUUAUGGACAUAGGAUUGGUUUCAAGUUGAAUUUUGGAAACUCCACUGUGGACUGUGAACAUUUGUCCUACGAGUCUAAUCCAAUAUUCACUGCAUUCACCACCAUACAGGUGGCCAGUGAUCUACAGGUGAACAUUAAGAGUGGUAGUGCACUUCAGCCGCUCUCUGUGGUGUUCAAGUACAGCUCAAUGUCAUCAGUGGCAGCAGUUAGAAAUGGAUCCUGGAUUGUGAUGUUCAUAGGAACCAGUGAUGGACAACUAAUAAAGCUUAUGUUGGAUGAGAAAUUCACACCAGGCUGUCCAAUAGUGCUGUACAAAUCUGAUGAUGAACGAGCAGUGCUUCCCAGAAUGCACUUUGAUCCAGUAGAUUUCAAACAUAUCUACACUGCUUUGAGGAAACAGCUCAGAAGAGUGUCUGUGGUUCAGUGUGUUAAAUACAGCUCUCUGAAAGACUGCAGAGCUGCUCUGGAUCCUCUCUGCGGCUGGUGUGUGAAAACACAGAGAUGCUCCACCCAAGAUGAAUGUUCAGAAUCUUCAUGGAUGUCCACCCCAAAAGACUCUCUUCAGGAACCUCUGGUUUCUUUUCAGGCUUGGGCUGACGAAUCUUCCAGAAAGAUUACUCUACAUCUUGCCUUGAGUCUGGAGAGCACAGGAAAUCCCGUCUUCUCAUGUUCCUUCACCACAGGAAGUGUGAACCUGUGUGACGGGUCUGAUCUGACUGCAGUUUUCCCAAACUGCCACUGUAGUUUUUCUGACCAGCUACUACAUACUGGAGAUUUAAAAGUCUCAGCUAUAGUUGCUGUUGAGGAUCAGAAGAUCACAGAGACGCUGACACUGAGAAACUGCUUGAAUAUCACAGAUAAUUCACCAAAUCCUUCAUAUACACAGUGUGUGCAGUGUAUCUCAUCUGGGUGUCAGUGGUCCUCUUCCUCCCUGCGUUGUGAUUGGACACAUGGACCUGGACCACAGUUACACAUACAGGAUUCAUGUAAAGAUCUGCUCUCUGAAAUGGACUAUACAGAGCCAGAGAUUCUCUCUCUGGAGCCCAACAAGGUUUCUUUCCAUGGCAGAAACAACGUUUUACUAAGAGGAAAGAACCUGGAAUCUGUCACUAAAAUCCGUAUUCAGGGGGAUCUGGACUGUAUUCCUAAAGAAUCUCCAGUGUUUAAUCGCUCCAGUGACACUUUAAGGUUCCACAUUCCUCCCAGUGGAUCUAAAGGAACAGUGAAAGUGUGUGUUGUUACUCCUGACGACAGUUGUCAUGGUAACAACAUCAUCACUUACAGUUCCCAGCCCAGCUGCACAGGAAUACAGCCCACAGUCAGCUGGAGAAGAGGUGGAAGGAAGAUUCAUGUUCAGGGGAUCAAUAUGGAAUUUGUGGAAUCAGUUAUUUUUGAUAAUUAUGAUCAACGACUCCAAACACAAUACAACCCAAGAUCAGGGGACGUGUGGUUUCACUCACCUGAUUAUUAUAAAAUUGGUAGCGGUUCAUUUAAGUUGAAUGUUGGAAACUCCACUGUGGACUGUGAGCAUUUGUCCUACGAGUAUGAUCCAGAAUUCAUUGCAUUCACCACUGUACAGGUGGCCAGUGAUCUACAGGUGAACAUUCAGAAAAAGGCAGAUUUAUUGAAUUUAAGUAUGAGUGAGGUGAAUGUGACGGGUUAUCAGGGAGAUCAGCAGUAUCAGUGUGUUUUGGAGAAGAUUGAGUCCAAUGCCAUCAUCUGUAGGAUUGAAGGAGAAUCAGGAGCCGUCACAGCAGUGGACAUGCUCAAUAUCAGCCAUGAUGAUUAUUAUUAUGUUCUCAGGACGAGACAACAUCCAACGUAUUUGGUGUUUUUUUCUAUAGUAUUUUCUUUAAUAUGCUUAUUCUUUAUUCUUAUCUUUUGCAUUUUGUUAUUCAUUUUUCGGGUGUAACCUAACAUCCAAUCUGUUUUUUUUUUUUUUAUUUAAUGGCCACUGCAAUUCAAAAGAAUUUUCAAGAGAAUACAUUUUGAUAUACACAUUGGAAAUGAAAGAUAAACACAUUUUCCACCAUGUCUUAAUUUCAAAUUGUAAACUGGUGUGCUGUUAACUGACCUGCCAAUAUAUAGCCUAGAUUUUAUGAUAUAAUCAGCCUUCAUGGAUUCCAAAAGAGAACCGAACUGGUGCGAGGAAGAAACGCUACUGCUUGCUGAAUUAGUCAAACAAGUUUAGCCCAACAUUAACCAGCGCUGCUGACAAAGAUGAUGCCUGCUCUGUCCAAAGGAUAUAGUUUGAUUAACUGCUCGCCAUCAAACAUUUCAAACCUUCUUGCUCCCCUGAAAGAUUUGCGCAUGUCUCUGUCUCCUCAGUGCCAUCACAAGCCCCUACUGGCAACUCCUAACCACUUGAGAGACCUCUCGAGCUGUCUUAAAUAACUGGGAGAGUAAGAGUGAUUCUUAGCUUUAAGAAAUUUGAUAACUUACAUUUAUACUUAAGUUUGAAAGUAGGAGUAAAUUUCAUGAAUUUUCAGCACUUAAGACUAAAAUGGCACUUUGAGAAAUUUGAUAAAUACGGGCCCUGAUCUUGUCAGAUCCAUACUGUGGAUGUGUCCUCCAGACAGCAGGUGGCGCUUUAUACUCGCUUAUUAUAAUACACCAUAAAAACAGUCAUUUCAAAGUUAGAGGACAAGUCUGCUAUUUAGUACUGUAGUACAAUUAUUUUGUAGUGUAUCUUUUUCAUUGUAUACCUACACAAUUCCAUUGUUCUGUUAUUAAUCUUUUUAAUGUUCGAUGUAAUCAGUAUACUGCAAAACACAGUAUAAUUACAAAUAAACAUAUUAUGAUGCUAAUUUCAGUUAUUACUAUUUAUAUGACUAAUCUCAGCUAUUAAUUGCAAUAUAAAUAUACCUUAUUUCUCAAUAUUGAAUAAUGCAUACAGAAAUGUAUGCCAAAAUAAAUCACUGCCUACAUCUUCAAACAUUUGGGAAACAAGUGGAAAGAUUCCUACUAAGAGGUAAUAAAAACACAAAAUGAGGGGUGAAACGGAGAAAAACACCAAAACUCAAUAUUUGCUCUAAAUUUAACAAUGCCACAUGGUUCAUUUGAUGUUAGACGUAGUUUCUCUAUAGAGUCACUUCAGUAACGAAGCAAGUGGCCGUAUUUAUGAAUGGGUCAUUGAAUCAAUGACUCUCAUGAUUCAUUCAAAGCCACAAAUUUGUUCACGAAACACCGCUGUGUGUUGCUUGGAGACCAAAGACUUUAUAUACAGUCUUAAUGGGACUUUGUUGGAGGCGAACAACAGUUCUGCUGUGGCAUUCGUUUUAACUAAUAUUUCAUUGCAAAAUAGCGCAAAUAAUACUGACAGGACUGUGUUUAAAAUGUACAUCACUUAAUAUUACCCUUCUAUUUGUUGAACUGUUGUAUAAAAUCAAUGGUACACAGGGUAUGUUGUUGUAUUGAAGAGAGUUUGAGAUUUAAAUUGAUCUCAAUGCAUAGUCUGUCUAUAUGCUAUUUGUUCUUCACGCUAGUAAAUGCUACAUCCCCACUUUUACUUUGUCGAAAACUACAGUAAUGUGAGGGGUGUACUCACUUCUGUGUAUCUCACA